GAGCAGUUUUCUCCACUGAUCAUAAUGAAACCCACAAGCAACAUUGUUAUGCAAACCCUUGCUGAGAAGCAGAACUCCUCUUAGCAAACAGACCAGGCUGCUGAAGUGAGAUACCCAUGGAUUGUAUCAUUGCAGGAACCAGUUUUUCUGCCUGUAUCAAAGUAUUGGAGAGCUUUGGGGAAUCAAGAUACAAAAUGGAGAAGACAAACAAGAACACAGAGAGGAAAGGGAGAGCAGCAGGGAAGAAAAAUUACUGAGAAGGGAAAGAAAAACUGACACACACACCCCAAAACAGAAGAAUUUCUGUUUUCAAAAGGGAGCUUGUAGCUCUCUAAGGAUUUUACAGGAAUAACACUAGUCUGGAUGUCAGAGUAGAUGUGAAGUCACUCAUGGCAAAAUUUAACACGGGCAACAACCCCACAGAGGAUGUUUCUGGUAACAGCCAUCCCUUCAAAGUCUCUGGACAACCUGUCCAUACAGGAUUACAAACAAGGAAAGCAGCCUUUGAGAAAUUUGCAAGCCAAGGAAAUGCAACUUCUUCUUCAGGACCCAGUACUUUUCACAAACCUGUUCAUCCUAAGCCUCCUCUGGCAGUCAAGCCUUCAAGUGAUGAUAGAACAGAGAAGGAUCCAAAGCCCCCAUAUUUGAAACCAGUGGCACAAAGGUUUGGAGUUCAGCUUCAGGCAACAAACAGAGAAAAUAAUGAAAAAGCUGGAUGCACUAAAGUCCCCACCAAAACCAGUGACUUGGCAAAGGAAGAGCCAGUGCCUCUGUAUCCAAAACUUGCACAGAACAGGUUCCUUAACUCUGCUCCUUAUGAGAAAGAAAAAAGUGCUGUGGGAACAAAACCAAAUCCAAAUUUUGCGGCACAGGAGAGUGAGGCAAAACCAGCAUUUUCAAAAGUAACUGGAGUUAAGGAAAAGUUCUUGUCUGCAACACAAGAAAACGAGCCCAAGUCUUCCUUCUCUAAACCACCUCUUGCACAGAAACCUUCUCUAAACUAUGAUGUCUCCCGCAAUGAAGACACUUCUAAUAAAAAUGUUUUUCUGCAAAAAGGACUAUCAGGCCCUAGACAAAAUGUACAUUCUUUUAAAGCAACGAAGGAAAUUGAUAAAAAUAGUAACUGUUCUGCAGAAACAGCAGGAAGUCAUUUUUCUAACAUAGCUCUGAAGCCUGCUGAUCACUGUUCUGGUUCAUCCGAAGGAACCCCCAAAAAUAUGGAGGAGAAAACUGAGGAAAAGGGAAUGAGUGCUGCCCAGAACAUCUUUCUCAACAAAAUCACCCAGGAAGGGUCAGGUUCCUCUUCUAAGUUCCAUCAGACAAACACAGUAUUUGCUGAAGGAAGGCUAUCAGAUGCAUCACAAGAGAAAGAGGAUGGGGACGGGAGCUCAGGAAAACCCAAGCAGAAACCCUUGCCCCCACUGUUCAAGCUGGGCCAGCCCCCGCAGAAGCCCAGCAGACCCCCCAGCGUGCACCUAGAAAGGUUUCGGAAGAGCAGCCUAAAAGACAACCCUAGAAAUGAAGGUUUGAAACCGAUAGUACCUCCCUCAGCAGCACUUUCCCUGCCUGUACCUCCACCACACCCUGCUAUGCAGUUGCCAUCUCCUCCAUCAGCCUCUCACCCAUCUCUGCAGGCCCAAGCAGCUCCUAACCUGCCUCCCAGAAACAUCAAGCCCAGCUUUGAAACAAUAUCAUCAAGAGAAAAAGAGAAGAAGUGGGACAAGGAAGAAAAGAGAAGAAUGGACCAAGAGAAGAAGGAACAAAAGGAAAGAGAAAAGAAAGAGCAGGAAAUAAGGAAGAAGUUCAAAUUAACAGGACCCAUCCAAGUCCUUCAUCAGGCACGAGCUUGUGCUGACCACAAGGGAGGGAAGAACGAGCUGACUGUCAAACAGGGGGAUGAGAUUGAAAUAAUUCGCCUCAAUGACAACCCAGAAGGAAAGUGGCUGGGGAGGAUAAAUGGAUGUUAUGGAUACAUUAAAACAACCAUGGUGGAGAUCGAUUAUGAUUCUUUAAGAAGAAAGCAACAACAGUCUACCAGAGCUUCUGUGAAAUGUCCAGAGAGUGACCAAGAAGUGUAUGAUGAUGUUGGAGAGCAGGACAGUAUUAGCAAUAACAGUGCUGGACAAAGUGGAUCUGGAAGUAUGUUCUCACCUCCUCCUUCUGAUAAAGAUAUUUAUGAUGGGAUUAACGAUGAAGAUGCUGUGACCAGGUCUGUAUCACAGGAUGAAGAUAAGAACGGUAUCUGGUCCUGGGGAAUCUUGAAGAGGCUAAAAGUCAAAGAUGACAAAAAGAAAAGUGUACGAGAAAAACCAACCAAAGUCAAUGUGGCAGAAGAUAAUGGAAAUUUGUUCAUGCCUCCUUCAACAAAACAGUUUGGAAAAGAUUGUGAAGACAAUGAUGUUUAUGAUGAUGUAGAUUCUUCAGACUUCUCUCCUCCUCUGCCUGACCUCAAGCAAAAGAAAAUGGAAAUCUCUCCCCUGAUUAGAAAUCUUUCAUCAAAAUCAGCAAGGCUUGUAAAAUAUAAAUCAGAUGAAAAAGAUGCACAAAAGUUUAAAAAUACGGAAAGAGAAGAGAAACAGUUCAGAAAAAAGUUCAAAUUUGAAGGUGAAAUUAAAGUUAUGUACUCCACCACAGCAGUCCAGGAUUUGCCCGAGAGAAGAUGGGGAUCUAAAGACUUACAAGUUAAACCAGGGGAGUCUCUUGAAAUUAUAGAAAGUACAGAUGAUACCAAGGUCCUGUGCAGGAAUGGAGAAGGAAAAUAUGGCUAUGUUCUGAGGAGUGAUUUAGUUCAGAAUGAUGGAGAGAUUUACGAUGAUAUUGGUGAUGAUUGCAUCUAUGAUAAUGACUGAGGCAGAAUUUUAUUCAAGAGGUUCAUUGAAGAUCAAAAUCUAUUUCAGAGUUGCUAAUUGGGAAAAAAAGAGAAGUCACUAAAGCCGAUUACAAGUUAACUCAGUUACACUCUUACGAAUGUACAAUUAAUAUUUUUUUAGGAUUUCAGGGUUCUUGCAUUCCUUGCUUUGUGUGACAUUUGAAUUGCCAUUUAUCUGAGCAAUCAAAAUUCAGGGAAUAUGAGCUAAAGUUAAAGUUACCAUAUUCCACUUUCUUUCCACAUUUAUGAUAGUCUAUGUAAAAACACUUCUUCAAUUACUUAUACCCAGAGAGGCUAGUUCAGGUCUAUGAAGGAUACAGAUGACAAUAACCCCUGGGAACAGGUUUUACUUUGAUUCUGGUCUAUUAAACACCAGAGACUCCCACUCUGGGGAGGACAGUAUCCUGAAAAGAAAUGCUUCCUUUAGUGAUAACAUCCUGUUGUGAAAACAGGAAAUCAAAAGUGGGCAUCGGAGAAGACAAUACAUUGCUGACCUGCCAUUCCAACUGCAGUAGCGUUAGCUACACUGACAUGUACAGCCAUGUACCAUCACUGCUCAAGUUGCUUUUUCUGUGUUGUACUAAUGAUAGAAUAUAAUUCUCUUAAGGUUCAUUUGACCAUUCUGUAAGUACUUUUUGACUAACAGUAAAAUAGUAACAAUGCUAUCUGUCUUACAUACAGCACUCUGAGAUAUAAACCACAGAACAGCAUAGUAUAGGCUAUAGAUUAUAGUAUAGCAUUGCUCAAAAUAUAUUCAGAACAUUUAGGUCAAGAUUUAGUUCCUAUUUAGUUUGAAGAUAUGUUGCUGUUGCCACUAUAGUAACUUAGGCACUAAAAUGGACCUAUAAACUGAUGAUAAAUUGAUUGGAAAUAACUUAGAGGUUAAAUAUAUGUUUUGAUAAUACCUUUUUCAUCUAAGUACUGUAUUUUAGACUUGGCUGAAUGAGAGUAUAGAAAUGACAUUUAUCCCUAAGAAUCAUUGUGAUGGUGUUCUCUGAAUGAGCAAGUAGCAAACGAAAGUAAAAUGAACAAUGAAUCAUAAUAAUAAAUAUCACUUUGCACUUACAUAUCCAAACUCUCUGGAAAUCAAAAGACAGUUACAGUGAACUCCCAGUAAAGAGGGUGAGCAUGCACAGAAAAUGGAAUGUAUACUUUUAAUGUGUGAUGCUUUCUCUGUAAUGCAAGAUAAUAAAAAACCUGUAAUAACCAAAGUGGCUGGAUCAGUGUAAGCAACUCCUCCUGAUAAUCAAGGCUCCUAUAAUCCUCAAGGGAAGUAAAACACACUGUGCAAACCAGUGCAAUGUAGCAAACCAGCAAGUUUAGCUUAUAAAUACAACAUUUUUGGCUCUGUUGAAGUCAGUGAGUUUUGGUCUUGUCUUCAGUGGUGCUGAGAUUUCAUCUUACACAAGUGCCUUUUACUGACAGUUCAAAAUACAGUAAAUCUUGAAGGAGGUAUAAUGCUAUGGGGAUAUCAAACUUAAAAUUAACUGUUGAGAUAAUAGCCUAUAAGCUGUUUUAUACUGUAUUUAAAAUCACUUAUAAUGCACUGAAAAUCUAUAUGUAAACUUGAGAUUCCUGUUCUGUAUUUGCUAUUCAAACCAGCAUCCAGGCAUACAAAUACCAGUUUUCUUUGUAAACAUCAGCACCAGCACCCAAAUUUUAAAAAUUACCUUAUUAUACCGAGUGAAAUGAACGCAUUUGGUUAUUUGACUAUAUUGCUGCUGGUGGUUUAUUUAUUUUUCAAGGGCAUUCAAGAGGGUAUCCUCAUCAAAGCAGUGAUACACCAAAGAACUGAGAAGGAAGGCAGACAUUUAGAAAUACACAACCACUUGUUAGUUUUACACAGUUAGUUGUCGCAAAAGAUUCUGUUUCAAAUUCUAGCAUAUAUGCCCAGUCUUGGUUUAGUUUUAACUAAUAGUAAAUUUCACGUGUUGCACUAAGACCAACAAAGAAACUUCCCUUCUGAGUAUAAUUUAUCUAUCUUGUACUAAAGGACUUCAGUAGAAUACAAACCUCUUUUGUACCCCUGAAAAAGAAGUGAACUUUAUUCUUUGUGAGAUUUUUCAGUCAUAUAUUUUUUAAUAGCUUUUAAUGUUCUUAGCCUUGAUGUGCUGUAGGUACUGUGUUUCCUUACUGAAUGUAUUGACUGAAUUUGUCAUACGAUACAUCAAAUAACAAAAAGAAAUAAUCAUAAGAUUCUUUAAGCUAAAAAUCUGUGUAUUGUUUAAGCAGAUCAAAUAUCAGGUGGUUGUUACAGGGUGUCUAAAUGUAUUUAAAAGGUACUACGCACUGAAAAAUUACUGUAUUGUAUAUUUUUUCUUUUCAUUAUUUUACAAACUUUGUUAACUGGAUCCAUUUUUUUUCUCUCUUCUGAAUAAAAAUGUGCUUUUUGACAAGAAA